CAACAUGGGACAACACUUCACAAAUGAAGAAGGAGAACAGGUUGAGAUUGACGUGGCUGAAUUGCAGGAAUGGUAUAAGAAGUUUGUAAUGGAAUGUCCAAGUGGGACACUCUUCAAGCAUGAAUUCAAACAAUUCUUUGGGGUUCAUAAUAAUGAAGAAGCAUCAGAGUAUGUGGAAAGCAUGUUCAAAGCUUUCGAUAAGAAUGGGGAUAACACCAUUGACUUCUUAGAAUAUGUGGCUGCUUUGAAUCUGGUUUUGCGAGGGAAACUGGAACACAAACUAAGAUGGACAUUCAAAAUAUAUGAUAAAGAUGGAAAUGGCAGCAUAGAAAGACCUGAACUCCUAGAAAUAAUUGAAGCUAUUUAUAGCAUUAAGGAAGCAUACAAGUCUGAAGAAGAAAGAGCUGUUCCUGGUCUCACUCCAGAAGAGGUUGUGGAAAGAAUAUUUCAUCUUGUAGAUGAGAAUGGAGAUGGACAUUUAUCUCUGGAUGAAUUCCUUGAUGGAGCACAAAGAGAUAAGUGGGUGAUGAAGAUGCUACAACUCAAUGUAAGCCCAGGUGGAUGGAUUGCCAAUCAGAGAAGAAAAAGUGCAAUACUUUAAUCAUUACUUGUAUUAUUUCAAAGUGUAAUGAGAAAAAAAAGCAUCCCUUGUCCUUCAUUCUAUUUUUUUCUUAGUAGCAACAGGCUGAGCUCUAGGGGAAAAAAUAACAACCUAAUGCUACUUUUUAAAUCAUUCUGCUGUGCAUCUAGGCCACUGCUGUGUAACAAUUGCUAUUUCAUGGUAAUUUGAAAAAAUAAAAAC